CCAGAUGGAGGAGGUGAGCCGGAGGAGGAGGAGGGGAACUCCGCUGCCUCUCAGCCCGCUGGUGGAGGAGAGCAGGAGCCGGGGCAGCGUCCCCAACCACCUGCUGGAGUCAAAGAUCUACGCCAAGCUGAAAAGCAACAGUCUGAUUGAAGCAGAGCCUUCAGAGAUUCACUUCAGCGGCUUCGAGCUCGGGAGAGAGUAUAAAAAGACACUGAAACUAAUCAACAUCUCGUCUGAAGUCAUGAAUAUUCACAUCGUCCCCACUCAGACCCGCCACUUCCACACUACCUACACCAAAAAGUUCCGGCUCAUCCCGGGCCUCUGCUACACGCUAGAGGUGGCGUUCUGCCCUGACGAGUGGCGCUACUUCUACGACUGCGUCCGGGUCCACUGCCAGGGGGAGGAGAACCUGUUGGUUCCGGUUCAUGCCUACCCCGUCUUGGACGACCUGAACAUCCCGACUCGCAUCGACCUCCCAGCCGUCCCGCUGGGACACAGCCUCCACCACCUCAUCCCUCUGCGCUGCAGUCGCCCCAUUGCCUUCCAGUUUCAGGCCUUCGUCCUCCAGCCCCACCCGGCCUUCUCCGUCCAGCCGAUGGAAGGUGAGAUCCCGGCCGGCGGCGAGGCGGGGGUCACCGUGACCUUUCACCCUGUGCGGUACGAGACGUCCCAGGCCACUGUCCAGCUGGUGGUCUCCCAGUUCAGCUCCCGGCCGUUCCUCUGCACCGUCACCGGCAGCUGCUCGCCCAGCCAGGACAGGAAGUGGUGCCCGGCCGACCCCGGCAGGCCGCCACCCACCUCCCCAGCUCGACCAAUCAAAAUCCGACGCCGAUCCACCAGAGAGGCCGAGCAAUCAAAGUCGGCGGUGGAGCCUGAACGCCUCGUGGACGUGAAGAAGAUCCUGAUGAGAGACUCAUCACAGCCGACCGUAUCCAGCAGCGGCGUUGAACCGUCAACCCGGCAGCUGAAGGAGGCGCUCUUCACUAAGUCGGUGCAGCGGGACGUGAAGGACGAGCAGGAGAACCGCCUCCGAUGGCAGGUUCGUGUUGGAGCAGAGCCGAUGACGGAGAGAACCAGGAGGCAGAUCCUGGACCAGAGAGAGACCGGUCUGCCUUGCUCAACGGUGAGGAGCGGCGGCUUUGGACUGGAGGAAGACAUCGCCGCUGGACGCCCCAGGCUGUCCUCAACGCCGGUGGUUCGAGAAGCGGGACAGGCCCCCGAGGGACGCCCGUCCUUCCAGUUCUACACCGCCCCCCGCUGGGCGCAGCGGCGACGGGCCCUCAGACUGUUCCAGCAGGCAGCUCGCAAGAUUUUGAUCCGUUGCCGUGGCGACCGGAUCCUGGAAUCCCUGAAGAACCCAAAGAACCUGCAAGACGAAACGACCGCCGAGGUGGAAAUCUCUCCACGCAGAAUUUUUCCUUCUACGUUCCCCGUUUUUUCUACUGAAGAUCAUCCAACGGCUGGCGUUGAGUCGGCGCCGCUGCCAGUGGAUCCCGUCCAGGUGACCGUGACCACGAGUGUUCCUUUCUUCAAGCUCGAGGUUCCUCAGCACUAUAAGCUCAUGAACUACCAGCCCGUCUCCACAUGGGAGGCUUUCACCUCGUACAUCCCCGCCGCUCCGGCCCGAACGCUUCGCCCUGUAGAGCCGGACCAUCAGGUGACCAGCAGUGCCAUAGCUCCGCCUCCAGACCCCGCCUCCUUGGAGGAUAAACCCCUCCCCUUUCUCUCCUUCUCCGCCCCCGCCUCCCUGCUUGGCCCCGCCCCUUCAAACCCUCUCCGGAUCUUCAACCCGGCGCCCGGCCUGCGGGCGUUCAAACCCCCACCCAGGUACCUGGAGAGCGAGCUGGAGUCCCACCUCUGCCCCCUGGACAGGUUCUCAGUCCCCUUGAGCAAGGCAUGCGGUAUGAAGAGACUCACUCCAGCCAAUCAGAAGAUGAUUCCAGAGCAGCAGAUGACCCCAGAGGUCACGACCUGGAGGGGUUUCAACUCAGCGCCCCGGUUCAGCCGGCAGGAUUCAACCAGAGGGUCUCAGUGGACCAGGCCCUCCGUCCACUACAGUCCAGACCUCCUCCCCCUUGCCGUCCCUCCCCCCCUCGCCACCCUCCCCGACGACCUCCCCCUGCCGACGGACACCUGCUCCUCAGACGUCCAGCUGUCACCGGCCAUGAUCGCGGCACAGUUCCCGUCUCCGGUCGCCAUUGGCAACCACACAGCCAGGCCUCAAGAGACCCAGGGGUCAAAGUUCAACCAGAUGGGGAGACGAGCGAUGACCAGGCUGAGACGACUGGAAGCCCCGCCCCCUUCUCCAACGUCUCCUCCUGAAGAGACAAAUGCAGCACAGACAUAAGCCCCGCCCACUUCUGACUGUUUAACCAAUCGGUUUAUGACUGUUUUAUUUACACAGCCGAGCAAUUCCCACACUCUCCCUGUCCAUAUUACCCACAAUUCCUCUGUGAUCUGAGCCACCCUGAGGAGAUCUGAUGCCAUA